AUGGAGGAAGAGCGCCACCGCGACGGCGUGGAGGCAUCGGCUGACGGGUGCUUAGACUGCAACAUAUGCCUGGACUUUGCCGCGGAGCCGGUCGUCACGCUCUGCGGCCACCUCUACUGCUGGCCGUGCAUGUACAAGUGGCUGCAGCAGCGGCAGCGGGGCGGCGCUCAGUGCCCCGUCUGCAAGUUCGGGCUCUCCCCGGACGGCCUGGUGCCACUCUACGGCCGGGGCCAUCGCGACGGCAAGAGGCCCCAGUGGCGCCCCGAGACACCACGCCGCCCGCCGCCGCCGCCCCUCCGGGACGCGAUCGGCGCCAGUGAAGCGCGGCACCCGGAGACUCAACCGCGUCGUCACCGUCGCCAUAGUCCUAGUUGGGAUUACACGUCGCCGGCGGGUGGAGGGCUCGGGGGAAUAGCGAUGGCGGUGCUGCCGUGGAUACCACGAGACCAAGGCAGCACCAGGCUGACAAGGCGGGAGAUGGUGUUGGAGACGUCACUCCAUCAUUUAUGGGUCUUCCUUUGCUGCUGUGCUCUUCUGUGCCUGUUCUUGUUCUGA